CGAAGAAGAAGGUUUCAUAACCCUUUGAUUUUGGCUUUAAUCAGAUCGACGACACUUUCCUCUGCCAUCACCGGAGCUCUGAGACUUCAACAACUCCACAUCAGUUUCAAGCUUUACUUGCAGUUGUUGGACAAUGAAGAAAGGAUUGCACCCACAGAUGCAAUGGAUCUCUUAUGUAACACAGAGUGGUAGAUUGAUGCAUGUGAUGAUGACGCGAAUCCACCAUGUUGGCAAAGUCUAUCACUUUGGAGCUAAGCGUCAAAUGGCUCAAAGCAUUGGUCAGAUUGCCAAGUUCAAGCGUAGGUUUAAUGAGCAAGAGGCAGAAGCAGCCGAAGAGACCAACAAGGAGAAUCAGAAGAAGUAGCUGUAGUACAACUCUUUUAUCCCCUCCCCUUACCUUUUCUCAAAAACCAAUCGGGAAAAGCUUUAGAUUAUUCAUUUACCUAAGGCAACUAUGAAUCUUGUUAUGGUUCGAGUGAUUCAUUUUCACAGUUCUUAACUCUCUUUGUUUCGUCAAUAAUGAACUUAUCUUGUUCCCUUC